AUGGUUGAUUUUCAGGUAAGUAAUGCUCAGAUAUUUUUUAUAACCGAUGCGAUAGAUGAAAAUUUAAAUUUAUCGACUAAUUUCAAAGCAUUAUUGAGCUCUUGUGGUAAUGAACACACAAGAGAAAAUUUAUGUUGUAAAAUGAACUCUGAAUUGGAAUUAUUUGUUUCGCAUUUGCCGAGUUGGGCCUGCCAUUUCGAUGACGAUAAUUAUGUGAAUGUCAUGAUGUUAGAAAAAAAGUUAAAAGAAUUCAAUCCGAAAUUUGAUUGGUAUCUUGGAAAGCCAUCAGUUGCUGAGCCUAUUUUUGUUCAUAAUUCAUACGAAAAAGUUGGUUUUCAAUUUGCAACCGGAGGUGCUGGUUUUUGCCUUUCGCAAUCGUUGUUGAUAAAAAUGCGUACUUAUUUGCGAAAUAGUGGUUUUGAAUUGCUAGGCAAUUAUCUAGGAUUGCCUGAUGAUGUUACCUUAGGCUAUCUUAUAGAACAUCUCUUAAACGUGAAGCUAACGGUUAUCGAUGAAUUCCAUUCGCAUCUUGAACCACUUAACAUUAGUUUAAGCGGAGGAAGUUACGAUUCAGAUGGAAAAAAUUUGAUCGACGUACCUCUGAAAUUUUCUUCUGCAACCGAUCCUCAUAGAUUUCGCUCAAUACAUUGUUAUAUCACUGGUCGUAACUGUGUUUAA